AUGCAAUCAAAGAGUUAUUUCACAAAACCAAAUACUGCCCGUGAUAAUUUCACCCCGAAAUCCUCCACUUCUAAUUCAGUCUCUCGUCGCAAGCCGUCUGCUGCCAAUGCACUCGCAAGACAGAGUCGUUUCCAGAAACGAGCUGCUCUUUCAGCGACACCACCUCCCAGCGUCAUCAUUAAGGCGUCUACAAGGGGAUCUCGUGAGGGCGGGUUCUUGACAGAGGGGAAAGCCGCUAUCUACUGCGUCAAAAUAACCGAUCAACGCAUGCUAGCAAGCAAGCGACUUGCUGAGCAAGAACGGCGACAGGCAGAAGAUGAGAGGUGGAGUGUCAAGUGGAAAAUCAAGCGGCUCAGCAUGCGCAAGGCUAAGGAGGAGGAGCGUGCGAUGCGCCAAAAGCGCGUAGAUAGCAUCAUGUCGAGGGAUGACCACAGCGAUCGCUUCCUUAGAUGCAGUGUGGCUAACUCGGAGAGCUCAAACAGUCUAUUCGGCAUAAAUGACCACCAGGUCCACCAAUGCUGGCGGCAAUCAGGCUACGACAGAAAGCGAACCGAAGCAACCAGCCCCUGUACUCAUUUCACUUGA